CUGCAGAGCAACACGCGAAAAUGAAAAUUUUACUUUUAAUUCUUAUAAAUUUGUGUAUCUGGUUACCCUUAGAGAGUAGAUUGAUUCCAAAAUAUACUGAAAGUACUACUGAAUCGAAAUCAGCCGAUCUCGCAUCAUCUCGGGUUACGCGAAGUAUAUAUGAAGAUGGCAGCGGGCGAGGAUUUUCUAAAGAAUACGACGUAAGCAACGAAUAUACCACGGGACAGAAAACACGAUCAGUUUUCACAGAAAUGCCCACUGCACGAUAUUCUAUAAAAACUACUCGCAUAACCCGACAAUCACAAGAGACUCAAAGUGAAACACCUAACAAUACAACUCCAUACCCUGACCCUCAAACGACACCGAAGGGGUCAUUGGUCAAGAAGCCCAUACCAAAAUUUAACGAGAUGGACUACGAUGAAGAUUUUCAAAGUAAAGUUACACGAUCUCAGACUAAGUUAGCUGAGUCUGGAGAACAUGAAGAUGAAGAUUUUAGUGUAGAUGAUUACGACUUUGAUAUAAAUCAUGAUGAAUUUUCUGGCAGAGGUAAGCCCCUUGAGCCAAGAGUUAAGAACAAACAUAUUUUGGAACAGAAUUUUGAUUCCGAAACUGACACUACUCCGAGUACAUCGGCUGGCGGCGGUCCAACUUCAGUUGUCAAAACUCAAAACAAAUUGGUGGCAGUUAAAGUUUUAAAGAAGCGAAAUGGUUACAAAGUAAAAAUCAAUAAAAGAGCAGCCCAAUACAAUAAUGUAAAAAAACCUUCUAAAAAAGCGUCAGAUAAAACCAAAGCCGAUUAUUAUGACGAGGAAUCGUGGACACCAUCAGCAACAGAAAGCUCGGAAGUAGAGAAUAAAACUAUGGAUUCAUACGAAAUGAACGAGGACAUCGACGACGGCAAAGAGAAUAAACACAGAGCAAUAUGAUCUUCUUCACAUGACAUAAUUUACGGAGGAUUGGAAAACAGAUAAAGUUUCCCUAGUUAAGAGAUUUAUGACACACUUAUCUACUGACAAUGAGUCUCCCUUCAUAAGCGAACCUUUGAUAUUCACAUGGUUUUGAUGACAACAUAAUCCAACAUCGAAAUCUAGUACAUGGCAGUCAUUACGGCAAUUGAAGAACUUAAUUAAGUAAUAAAAUUUUAUUUUAUUUUAUAUUAUUAAUUAGGUUUUGUGAAACUAACCGAGUAAGGAGUACAUUGUGUAUAAGUUAAUGUCUCAUUAAAAUGUUUAUCUCAAGCUGUUAAACUCUGUUGUAGAUGCACCCAAAGUAGCAUAGGUAUUUAGUAGCAGAAGAGCUCCUAAAGGAGUUAGUCCAGGCUGUUACUGCCAGCAUACUUAUUCCUGUCGUCAAUCAGUAAUGUGAACAUUACUGCGUUCCUGUUUAGGAGGGUAAGUGUGUUGGUGCACAUGAGAUUUAUCAACUUCAUGUCUCAAAGUAACGGGCUCAAUAC